GCUGUCCAAUUCUAAAAUUUUAGAAUUGAGCAGCCUUUUUUUCAUGCAUAGCCGCAUAUAUAUGCCGUUUGACCAUCUAACUACUUCCUCAGGCGUAUCAUGUCGUCCCCAGGUCCCACUCUGCAACAGACGGAAGUCGCAGACAUAACCCUCACGGUUACGGCUGUCCUUAUCACAUCCCUCCGCUUGUGCAUCCGUGUGCGGCAGAAGCGUCUGGGGAUUGACGAUGCAUGGGUGGCUCUCGGCAUGGUAUUCGACUUUCUACUAUUAAUCUCCGAUUGCUUGUAUCUACAAGACUACGAAAGAUACCCUCAAAACACAAGGAUAGCAUUAUACUACAUGAUCGCACAAUUCUUUUACGGAGUUGUAUGGUCAUCGAAGUUAUCCAUGUUGUUUACCAUUGUGCGACUCACAAUCCCGGGAAAAUUUAGGAGAUUUCUUAUGUGCGCUGUCGGUACCUUCGGCGCUAUAUGGGCUCUACUUUUUUCACAACUGUGGUGGAUAUGUGAAACUCAGCCCAACUGGAAAUCGCAACCACAUCCGCAGUGCGAUCUCGGCAGGCGUGUUGCAAUAACGCAGAUGAUCACCGACGUUCUUGCGGACUUUUUUCUCAUCGUUGCUCCAUUUUUCCUCAUUUACAAAGUCAGAUUGUCAAGGUCGCAAAAAGUCCGGAUAUUAUCCGUCUUCUCUACGUCAGCAAUCACCACAAUUGUCAGUCUCACCCAUGCGUAUUACAUCUUCGCUGGUGGAGGGCUCAAGGAGGUCAUGGCUGCUAUAGUCGAGGCUUCUAUGUCUCUAAUCGUCGCGAACUUGAGCGUCGUCGUCGCGUUUAUCUUCCGUUUAAGUUCAGAUGAUGAUUCACCAUCCAAUCCGACACCCAUCAUAACUUUUGGUGGACAACACAGGACGCGCAUGGCUGCAACUCGUGUAGCUGUUGAAACCACCACGAUCGUACUGGAAGAUCUCUCCGAGUCUCGUCUUCGUUCUAUGAAGACAAGCGACGACGACGAAAUUAUUUUGCACAACAACAGGGAGCGAAAGCAGACGAAGGAAUGGUGUUAGAGCAGAAAAAAGUUAAUUUUCCCGACUCCCAUGUUAGCGGGGAAGGGUCUUUGUGGAAUGGACACUUUUUAAUUUCUUCUACUUUCCCUGGCAAAUUGCGUAUAUUGAUCGAUCACGAUCAUUUUUGCCGUUCGUGUCUAAACCGUGCAAUCACACUCCUUGUCCCCCUCUAUCCCAAUCCGAG